AUGUCGUGGUUAUCCAUUCCCUCGGAAUCUCACUUCUCUAUCGCCAACAUCCCGUUCGGCAUCAUCUCUACAUCCUCCAACCCAACUCCCAGACCCGCUGUCGCAAUCGGAGACCAUGUUCUAGACCUUCAAGCCUUUGCGAAGGGAGAUGGUUUCUCUGGUAGCUCCGAUGCUCAAAAGCAUGUUGAUGCCUUUUCUCAAUCCUCUUUGAAUGCUUUUGCAGCUCUUGGACGUCCUGUCCAUCGCGUUGUAAGAAGCUAUCUCCAAGAUGUAUUUGCAAAGGACACCAAAUAUCCCCAAGUUCUCAAGGACAACCAAAAACUUCAAGAAACAGCUCUUCUCAAGAGCUCAGAUGUGAAAAACCAUCUUCCCCUCAACAUCGGAGACUAUACCGACUUUUACGUUGGAAAGCAUCACGCCUUCAACGUAGGUUGUCUUUUCCGUGGUCCAGAUAACGCGCUGCAACCAAACUACACACAUCUUCCUGUCGCGUACCACGGAAGAGCAAGCAGUGUUGUCAUCUCUGGAACACCAAUCCGUCGUCCAUGGGGUCAAAUCCUCCGCCCGGGCAACAAGGUUCCUGAUCUUGCACCUUCUGAGAAGCUGGAUAUUGAGCUUGAGAUGGGCAUGUUCAUCUGUCGCGAGAAUGCUAUGGGUGAACCCAUUCCAAUUAGCGAAGCCGAUGACUACAUCUUUGGUUACGUGCUUUUGAACGAUUGGAGUGCGCGCGACGUUCAGGCAUGGGAAUAUGUGCCUCUUGGACCUUUUACCGCUAAGAACCUGGGUAGCAGUAUCAGCGCCUGGGUUGUCCUCGCUGAUGCUCUAGAUGGCGCAAAGGCAGCUGGUAUUAAGAACGAUAGUGAAAUCCUACCGUACCUAAAGGAGAAUAAGGAAAAGAACGUAUUGGAUAUCGACUUGGAAGUGGAAAUAAUCACGGCCAAUGGAAACAAGCAGAUUCUGAGCAAGACCAGCUCUAGAAACCUUCUCUGGUCAUGGCCCCAAAUGAUUGCUCACCACACUAUCACCGGUUGCAACCUGCGUCCAGGUGAUCUUCUGGGCUCUGGCACCAUCUCGGGCCCUGAGAUAGGCACCGAGGGAAGUUUGCUUGAACAGACAAAGGGUGGAAAGGUGGCCAUCCAACUGAACAACGGCGAAGAGCGCAAGUUCAUCCAAAACGGCGACAUGUUGGUGCUUCGAGGAUCCUACGGCAAUGGUGAUGCAAAGGUUGGCUUUGGUGAGGUCUCUGGAACUAUCCUCGAGCCUCUUCCCUUGUUCAAGUAA